AUGAAAGUCUUCAAUUACGUCUGGUUCUUGGCCGCCGGCCUUCUGGCUCGGGCCCAACCCGACGAAUCUCCACUCGAGGGAUAUACCAUUGAGGAAUUCUCUUGGGAAGUCGAGACAACGCCCGGCGGCUCAACCGUCGUCCUGAACGGCACAGUCGAGCAAGUCCUCUCUCAGCUGCGCGACAUCAACCCCAACUACGACGCCGAGUUUGCCAUCCCCGCCGAUGAAGUUGAACAGCCUGUGGAGGAAGAAGACACUUCCUCGCACCUGACGAAGCGCGGCAACGUUAAAUGCGGAGGUUAUCCGAAGGCUAGACGGGUUCACAUUGAAAAGGGAAUCCAGUACUUGAGGGGUGUUCCUGGCAAGCCCCAAAGAGGGCCCGGCCCCGGUAGCUGCGGCCAGGUCAGCUGCUCUUGGUCUUCGGCUAUUUGGUGGUGUAAUGAUAACACUUUCACCAAGGUGCUACCCAGCUUCAACAAUAUUGCGGACGGGGCGCAACUUAUUUUAAAUACUUGUCUGAUUGGUGGCCAGACCUUUUCGGGUCAAGAUUCCCAUAAUGACAAGUGGAGUACUAUUGUUCGCUGGCACAAGUGUUAG